GUCCCAGGACUCUGUUUACUUUCUCUUCCUUGCUCUGAAACACCAGUGAACUGAGAGCACCGGCUGCAGCCCACCAGGGCCAUGCUCACUCCAAGACCUUAACUUUUGCGAGCCUUUUGUUGCUUACGUUAGAGGACGAUGCUCCUGCAGGAUGCCUUUCCUUUGGGGGCUUAGACAGGAUAAGGAAGCCUGUGUGGGUACCAACAAUCAAAGCUACACCUGUGACACAGGACACUGCUGUGGACAGUCUCAGUGCUGCAACUACUACUAUGAACUCUGGUGUAAGUCCUUGCCCAGGGGGUUCUUGGCGUCCCAGGGUCGCGGUUACUGCCUCUGCUCCUUGGGAAACCGCGGGCUGGCCAGCCUUUUCUGAUUCUCUUGGGGAGAGUGUUGGGUUCUGGCUGGUGUGGACUGUCAUCAUCAUCCUGAGCUGCUGCUGCGUGUGCCACCACCGCCGAGCCAAGCACCGCCUUCAGGCCCAGCAGCGGCAGCAUGAGAUCAACCUGAUCGCUUACCGGGAAGCUCACAACUACUCAGCACUGCCAUUUUAUUUCCGGUUUUUGCCAAACUAUUUACUACCUCCUUAUGAGGAAGUGGUGAACCGACCUCCAACUCCUCCCCCACCGUACAGUGCCUUCCAGCUACAGCAGCAGCAGCAGCAGCAGCUGCUGCCUCCUCAGGGUAGCCCUGCAGGGGGCAGCCCCCCAGGCGCUGACCCAGCCCAGGGCUCCCAGGGAGCACUGAGCGGUCCUUUGUCUGGACCUAGCAGACCCCCGAGUGUCGCUGACCCUCAGUCCCCUGAAGUGCCCGCUGACCAGGCAGCCACCAAAGCCCCUGGAGUGGAGUCCAGCGGCUCAGUGGCCGGCCACGGGGAGCUGGACCCAGGGGCGUUCCUGGACAGGGAUCCGGAGUGUAAGGAGGAGCUUCAGAAAGAUUCCAGUCCCGAGCAUGGUAGCGUACCCGCCGACAGCAAAGACAAGACACCCGGCAGACAUCGCCGCUUCACAGGUGACUCGGGCAUCGAAGUGUGUGUGUGCAACCGGGGCCACCAUGAGGAUGACCUCAAAGAGUUCAGUACGCUCAUAGAUGACGCUCUGGACGGGCCCCUAGACUUCUGUGACAGCUGUCAUGUACGGCCUCCUGCUGACGAAGAGGAAGGGCUCUGCCUGUCCUCUGAGGAGCAGGCCGGAGAGCCUGGGCAACCCCACCUGCCACGGCCGCCCGCGUGCCUGCUGCUAAACACCAUCAAUGAACAAGACUCACCAAGCUCGCAGCGCAGCAGUUCCCCCAGCUAGAACAGGCCCCGCCUGCGCCCAAGAUCUUGACAAAAACCAGGGUAGGGGACACCCACAAGAGAAGCAUUAAGUGACUUUUAGAAGUGGUACAGCCACUUUGUCCUUUUUUUUUUUUUUCCUCCUGUCCCACUUUUCCCACAUCUCCAGGUACAAAUUUGGGGUGUGGAUGCCUCUUCCUCCCCCACAAAAGCACAGAGCUGUAGAAGACUGAGACGCUAGUUCUGUGACUCAUUCUGUAACCCCCUUUUCGGAGUUGUAGCUCACCUGCCUGCUUGGCUGAGAAACGUGUGUCUGGGAAGGCCCCAGUGACUGGGGCUGGCACCGUGCUGUGGGACGGUUCUCAAGACAGAGUGGAUCUGUAAGAAAGCUGUGUCAGUCUGGGGGAGACGGUUUUAUCUUGGCCCUGGGUGAAAAAGGAAACCCUCAGGGGCGUGGGGAUUGUCACCUGUGGCUGCCAGUGUCUGCAGAGCUGCAUUGGUCUAACCCUGUGGGAGGAUGAGAGCCGAUGGACAGGCUGGUGAGGAUCUCGUCAGUCUGGCAAAACCCCAGGGAGAAAAUACACAUCUGUGCAUCGUAGAGGGGGCCCUUCCCAGCACGCUCUGGCCGGCUUCGGCCUGGUAGUUGAGGUGUAGAAGGUUAUACUGUGUUUUCUGUGUUCUUUUUU